AGCGAAAGGAAAACAAAAGAGCAAUCGUGAAUCGAAAGGCGCACGCGGCAAAAUGUAAAACUUGCUUAUUGGUUUAUUUUUAACAGUUGCCGUCACCGCAUUUACAGUCGCAUUUCGGCCGAUUGCUCGCGCUCCCCGCUUGCGUGUGUUAAUUGAAUUAUUUCAGCCAUUUUAGCAACUGCUGCGUAUUUUCGGCGCUUAUUAAGCCGACAGAGCCAGCAAAAUCCAUAUUGCAUACAAAUACGAUUACAAUUAGGGGAAAAAUACGCGCCUGCAGUUCGCCGCACGAUUUCAUACAGUACAGUACGGACGCAGACGCGCGUUUAUUCCGAAUUUACUGUACUCGCUUUUUGGGUUUUUUUGGGGAAAUUCCACUGCAGCUGGCGCGCGAUGGUUUUGACGAACUUCGAGUGCUGGGCACAUGGUGAUCCGUCGUCGUCGGCGGACGCCACUUUCGAAACAGGAGCGCUGCGUCCUUCGAUGGAUCCGUUCAAUCCACGCGCCGUCACCUUCAUGACCGACGCCAACAACAACAACAACAGCGAUGGCAAUCACCUGGCGGCACAACCGAUGCCGGUCGUCCUGCCCCCGGAAGUCCUGCGCUGCAAGAAACGCCUGAAUCCCGGUCACAAUCCUGUCGGGGAUUUGGACACGGACCAACCGGUGUACACCAAGAGAUGUCGCUACGACGAGUCUGACUUGGCCGCCCAGUACUGCAAUGAUUUCUUUUCGUUGCCUGCCACACAAAUAAUUGGAACGCAGGCCUCUUUGAUGGAUUACGAGAUGCAGGCCACCGGCGGCAUGAUGAUGAUGGAAUCGGAGACGAGUUUUCCAGCGCAGCAGCAGCAGCAACAUCAAGAGCAACAGCAACAUCCACAGCAGCCACACCAUUAUCAGCGCAUUCAUCAGCAUUAUCAAGAAUCCGCAGAGCAACGAGUGCCGCCACCGCAGCAAAAGUCAAGAAAAUCAAAUAAUUCUAUUGGGAAAAUCAAAUUAAGGUCCAUAGGCAGCGAAGCCGAAGCGGACUUGUAUAUAGCCACACACGGCGGCAGUCUGCACCACUUUCGUGGGCUCGGCGGAUCGGAGCUAGAGGAGUCUGAUAUAUGAUAAAGUGACUCCGAGCAAGAAUUGUACAUCCUAGCCUAAGUUGUAAUAUAAGCUGUCGCAAACUAAAGGUGCUUACCAAUAGUAUUUGAGUUCAAAUAAACCAUAAGCUAACGUGCGAAACUCACAACAAAA